AUGUUUGCGGGUAGUGGAGGAGUUACUCAGAGUCCUGCUAGCAUCAUUCAGAAUGUCAAUAUGGAAAACGAGCUUGGAACGAUGCAGAAACCUCCUAAGUUGAUGAGUUUGGAUGAAUAUUCAGGAUGGUCCGGGAGAUUCAAAAACUGGGUGCAGGCCAACCAUCUAGAGUGCUGGAUAAAAAUCAAAAGAAAGUAUGUUCCUCCGGUAGACGGGUUGAAUAUGUUGAAGACCAUUGCAAGUCUUACAGAGGCGGAACAGGUCGAGUUCAAAGCAGAAAAGAAGAUGGUUAGCAUUCUGCAGCAAGCGAUAAAAGAGGAUAUUUUAGUUCUGCUACAACAUGAUGAUAGUGCACAGUCGAUAUGGCAAGCUUUGGAACAGAAAUUCAAAGGCAGUGCUUCGAUGAUCAAGAGUAAGAAAGCAUUGAUAAAGAAAGAAUUUAAUAUAUUCACGGGAAUUAAAGGUGAAUCGACAAAGCAGCUUAUCGAGAGGUAUUGUCACUUGGUGGUAGAGAUGAGAAGGUUGAAUAUCGAAAAGACGAAUGAGGAGUGGAUAGACAAGUUAUGUGAUGCGCUUCCCUAUGAGGAAUGGGGAACAGUCCGAAGAUUCAAACCGGGUUUAGUGCAGUCGACUCCAUUUGCCAACACUUCAUCUGCUGCUCCAAAUGCCUAUCAGUCGAGUCAGUCGACUCCAUUUGCCAACUAUGAGCCAAAUGUUAAAGUCUCAGAGCAGAAUUCUCCUCAAAGUUCUACAGGGUCAAAUCAACAGACAUUUGUGUCCGGUGUGCAGUGUAACAUUGCGGUUAAUAUCCAGAAUGGGAAUGAAAUCACCGAGAAUGCAGCCAAGCAGCACAUUGCGUUACUGGCAUCAGUACUGGAAGCUUAUGAAGUUAGAAGAGCACAACGCUUUAUGGAGAUCACGGGUAGAAGUAGUCUGUCAGGUCCUGAUCAGAAAUUAGGGUUCGAUAAGUCAAAGGUGACUUGUUUCAAGUGCAAAGAACGAGGUCAUUUCAAGCGUGAGUGUCCGAAUCGUGAAGUGCAGAAUCAUCAGAACCCGUUCACCAAUGAUUAUUACAGACAGGCUAUAUAUCACCGCCCAAAUCAACAAUCUGCCAUUCAGAGACCUCAGAUUGAGAACAAACCAGAGAAGGCACUUAUCGUAAACCAAGAUGAUGAAAAGGUUGCGUCUGGAUUUAGUUGGGACAAGUAUGUUCCAGGAAAGGAUGAUCGAGCAAUGAUGGCUGAGGUAGUUGAAAUUACCGAGACAGUUGCAGAGCCGAAGGUUGUCGAUGAGGUGGUUACUGAGAAUGUUGGUGAAAUAGUUUCUGAGAGUGUUGUUGAGUCUAAUUCUGAGGUAGUUGAGGAAGUAGUUACUAAAAUGGUUGAUUCUGUUACUGAAAUUGUGAUUGAAAAGGUUAUGGAAGUUGCUGAUCAGGUGGUUCCGGAGGUUGUUGAAAAGGUUUCUACAGAUAGUUCUGCAAAAGCUGGAGAAUCAGUGACUGAAUUUCUCAACUUUCAAUCAAGACAGGAGGAAUUUGUUUAUACAAUGAAAUCUAUUUUGCCUCCUAACGUCUUUGAUUCUUUUGCAGAUUAUUUUGAAGAGCCAAGAACUGGAACGUGUCUGAGAUUUGAAGCAGAGAAAGAAGCAGUCGAGGAGGUGAUCGACGUUUCCAAAGAGAUGACUGAAGAAACUCUAAAGGAGAUUGCAGAUAAAGCGCUGAUGAGCAAGUUAAAAGAGGUAGAUUCAGACGUUCAGGAGUCAGUUGAUAAAGUGUCAGGUCUAGGAAAGGAAACUGGAGUCAUAGAGGUCAACGUGGUCAAGUCGUCUGAGUCGGAGUCAGAUCUUGUUGGUAUGUUUGUGAGGAUGAGAUUAUAG